CUUUCUUAUUCUUCGUUACUGCAGGCUUCCAUCAUGUAAAUACCAACUAAGGAAGAACGAAAUAGACUUUCAAAAACCAAGGAAAUAGGAAGAGAUUACGUGAAACUGCAAAUUGAUUCUGUCAUCUCAAAUAGCCUGUUUUGGGACCACAUCCUGAAGGCUUCUUCAUCUUGAAUUUUAAGCUUCACUUUCAAGCUCCAAGGAAACUAACCUCGAUUUUUCCCAAUUACUUUAUAAAAUGAAGGGAAUUAAAAGCAAAAUGCUCUCUAGGGGUAAAACGCAGGACUCACAAAAGUCUAGCAAAAAGAAAGAAAGUAAAAAGUCCUCAUCUCAUGAAUCUUUAAAAUCAUCACCUAAAGAGUCACCAUCAGUUGAACCUUCCAACGCUGUCAUGGGUGCACAGAAUGAUUAUCUUUUGGUCCCCAAGCAUUCAAGUAAAAAGGUCCCAAUUGAUACGACUCCCACUCCGAGAGACGAGAUUUUACUGGAAAAUGUUCGAACUGUACGAAAACAGCGAUCUUCUUUAUAUCACAUAUCUGAGAAUCGAAUGCUAGUUCGUCUUCCUUCUUUUUCAGAUGUACCCGUCACUGCAUGGCAUUCUUUGGCUUUGGAAAAAUUAGAACAAUGCUGUGUUUUGUUUGAUUUUAAUGAUCCCUCCACCGAUCUUUAUGGUAAGGAAGUUAAGCGCGAGGCUCUACAAGACUUGAUGGAUUUGGUUUCUGUUCGGAAAGAAGCAAUAGAUGAGUCCUUGUAUCCUUCCAUUGUACAUAUGUUCUCCGUUAAUGUUUUUCGCCCUUUACCGCCUCCUUCCAAUCCUCUUGGUGAAGUUGUGGAUUUAGAAGAAGACGAACCAGCGCUAGAAGUGGCAUGGCCUCAUUUACAUCUUGUUUAUGACUUUUUUUUGAGGUUUUUUGAGUCUCCAUCUCUCAACACUUCUAUUGCCAAAGUAUAUAUUAACCAAAAAUUUAUUCGUAAACUACUUGUUUUGUUUGAUAGUGAAGAUCCUCGUGAAAGGGAUUUUUUGAAAACUAUUCUUCAUAGGAUAUACGGAAAGUUUCUCUCUUUGCGUGCUUUUAUUCGAAGGUCUAUUAGUAAUUUGUUUUUACAAUACAUUUACGAAAAUGAGCAAUUUAGUGGAAUUGCGGAACUUCUCGAAAUUCUGGGCAGUAUUAUUAAUGGAUUCGCACUUCCACUAAAAGAAGAACACAAGGUAUUCUUAUCCCGUGUUCUAAUUCCUAUGCACAAGGCAAAAUCUCUUGCCCUUUAUUAUCCACAGAUUGCAUAUGGUAUUGUACAAUUUGUGGAAAAAGAUUCCUCCGUGACCGAAGAGGUCAUCCUUGGUCUUCUUCGAUACUGGCCCAAGGUGAAUAGCGGGAAGGAAGUUUUAUUUUUGAAUGAAUUGGAAGAUAUCAUUGAAGUGAUGGAGCCUUCCGAAUUCCUAAAAAUACAAAUGCCGCUAUUUCAGAAAUUAGCUUCUUGCAUAUCUAGUCAGAACUUUCAGGUUGCCGAGCGCGCUUUAUAUUUUUUUAACAAUGAUUAUUUUGUGCAUCUGGUUGAAGAAAAUGUUGAUGUUAUUUUGCCCAUUAUAUAUCCAGCCCUCUUUGAAAUAUCAAAAAGCCAUUGGAACAGGGUAAUCAAUUCCAUGGUUUGUAACGUUUUGAAAUUGUUUAUGGAUAUUAAUCCUUCUUUAUUUGACGAAGUUGAUUCAGAAUAUUCUGAAUUAGUACUCAAAAGGGAAAAGGAAGAACAAGAAAGGAAAGAAAGAUGGCUUAUUCUUGAGUCUAUUGCGACUGAAAAUGCUUCUAAAAUGAAAGCAUCAAAAAAUACAUCUGUACAGUCAACUACGGAACAACUUAAAAAAAUCUCUAUUGAAACUCCAGGCGAUUAGGCCUUUUGCAUUAUUAAUAAUGAUUCUCUAUAUGCUACAACUUAUUUCUUUUCUCUUCUAUAUCUAAUUAAUUUGCUGCAAUCUAGCAUCUACUUAUUAUUGCCAUAUUUUUAACCUUAAUCAGCUCUAUUUGUGUUAUUAUUA